UUCCACAGACAACUGAACUACCUUCAAACAGAUGUGUUUUUAGGGACAGCAGAUAGAAGGAGCUGAAUCCAGGAGUUUCUUUCCCUGAAAUGCCCCAACAAAGGCACAGUCCUCUUACCUUCCCUGGAACAGAAGGGCUUUCAUCUGUCUCUCUGAAGCCAUCUCCCUCCCCUGUUUAUGCCCAGAGCUGCUUUCCAAUCCCAUGGAGUGCCUCUGUAUCUAACCAAAGGCACUGAGUCUACCAGGUGUUCCUGAGAAGACAGCUAAGCCAACCACUCCACACUCUGCUGAUUUUCUUCUACAUCUCACAGGGGGAAGAGCUGGAUCACCAUGAAAUAUGUCUUCUAUUUGGGUGUCCUUGCUGGAAACAGAGAAGUAGAAACAAAAGAUCAAGUACUAGGACCCUACCUUCUGUAGUCCCUGCCCCACAUGGGAUUCUUCUGAUGGCAGAAUUUGCAGGGACAUUUUUCUUUGCUGACUCAUCUGUUCAGAAAGAAGACCCUGCUCCCUAUUUGGUGUACCUCAAGUCUCACUUCAACCCCUGUGUGGGCGUCCUCAUCAAACCCAGCUGGGUGCUGGCCCCAGCUCACUGCUAUUUACCAAAUCUGAAAGUGAUGCUGGGAAAUUUCAAGAGCAGAGUCAGAGAUGGUACUGAACAGACAAUUAACCCCAUUCAGAUCGUCCGCUACUGGAACUACAGUCAUAGCGCCCCACAGGAUGACCUCAUGCUCAUCAAGCUGGCUAAGCCUGCCAUGCUCAAUCCCAAAGUCCAGCCCCUUCCCCUCGCCACCACCAAUGUCCGGCCAGGCACUGUCUGUCUACUCUCAGGUUUGGACUGGAGCCAAGAAAACAGUGGCCGACACCCUGACUUGCGGCAGAACCUGGAGGCCCCCGUGAUGUCUGAUCGAGAAUGCCAAAAAACAGAACAAGGAAAAAGCCACAGGAAUUCCUUAUGUGUGAAAUUUGUGAAAGUAUUCAGCCGAAUUUUUGGGGAGGUGGCCGUUGCUACUGUCAUCUGCAAAGACAAGCUCCAGGGAAUCGAGGUGGGGCACUUCAUGGGAGGGGACGUCGGCAUCUAUACCAAUGUUUACAAAUAUGUAUCCUGGAUUGAGAACACUGCUAAGGACAAGUGAGACCCUACUUCUCCCUCUGCAUUCCACUGGCUCUGCCAUGGACUAUACAAGCAGAUAAUUUUCCCUCUAUUCAAAAUAAAAUCUCCAAAUGAAAAUUUGGGAAUGUAGCAUA